AUGGCUACACACUGCAACGUCCUCCAACAGUUCACCCGUAACGAGGAAUCAGAGUUCAAGGGCAUGAUUCAUUAUGUACCCAACCAGAAUCGGUUGCUCCCAUCCACUACAUCCAUCUCCAACCAGCCACGACUCCAGGCUUCUUCUCUAGGCCAAUUGGAUUGUCUCCCCGCAGAGCUUCUAUUGUCUGUGCUUGAACUCCUCGACUUCCAAUCUCUGUCCCGCCUGUCGCGGGUUUCUCUUCUAGGAAAGGAUGUGAUUGAGGACCUGCAGGUGUACUGGGAGACGGUCCAACAUGCUCCCGAGGCUCUGGCUGUCUUGGGACAGACUCAUCUUUUGAGCUACCAUCCUGCUACCCUGCUUCACUCUGCCCUCCGGCAGAGCAGAUGUGUCUCGUGUCUAGCUUUUGGGGGGUUUCUCUUCCUGCCAACCUGUGAAAGGGUUUGUUUUGAGUGUCUCUACGAGAACCAAGCUCUCCGGAUGACGUCUCCGGCCAUGGCGAAGGAGUGUUUUAGUCUCACUGACCAUGAUCUCCAACGCAUUCCUGUUAUGCACAGUGUUCCUGGCACUUUUGGUCUAAGGUUCCAAUUCGUGCAUAAGCAGGCUGAACGCCUUGUCAGCGUCAAGCAAGCAAAGGAACUUGCCCUAGAGAUACAUGGCUCGGCGGAGAAGCUGGCCAGACUGAGGCCAACAUAUCGUCCCGGGAGAACGUCCAUGAAAGAUGCUGCGAUAUUCAGGCACUUCCAUGAGGCCCCUUUAGAUCCUCCAGGCUGUGAUCUCUCAAGACUACCGAGAAAGGCUGAGGUUGUAGAGGAUGACUUUGGCGGAAUGGCUUCCAUCCGUUUCCCAUCCCUCUCAGAUGCUGGCACUGACAAAGGUAUCCUUUGCCAGGGAUGCCUUGUCACUUAUAGCCACUACAUGCAAGGAGUACUUCCUCAAAGUACACUUUCCGAGCUUGUGCCCGUGGAUGUAGGGCCUUAUCGACCUCUCCUUGCGCUGUUGACUCGUCUAUGGUCCACAGAAGGAUUCGCUGAACAUGCACAUCAAUGCUAUGGCGUGCGCCGAAUCUUGGGACAGUAA